CGUUGAUCACAUGACAUGGGCGGAAACUGACUGAUCCACGCUGAAUCUCCCGCGAACGCAGCCAUUUACUCUUUUCCUCUUCGUUUCAACGGCGGUGAGUCUAAACAUUUUUCCUGAUGUGAAGCUUGUCUAAAUUCAAUUUUUAAUCAUUGUGAAUAAAAUGGGUUUCAUUGGAGACACUAACGAACGUUAUUGGUGUACUUAUACACUCAGUUUAGUAAAUAUUUUGAUAAUAUGCGGAGUUAUUAGACCAUUUUAUUGAUUUUCAAGACCAUGUUAGCUUGCAGCGAACGUUAGCUUUGCGAAAUGCUAACUAACUGGAUUUCGAGACUUUAAAAAAAAUGUGUUCUGUUUCUGUGAUUGAGGAUGUUUCGCUAUCUAUUGUUAUUGUCCAUACAAAUAACAGAUUCUACCAGUUGUGUGCUUUGAGACUGAGUUAGUUUUUACACAACAAACGUUUACUUAGCCUGUUAGCUAGCUAAACGGGGACAGAUUUUAGCGCUGCACAGACAUUGUUCCAGUCGAAACUAGAAAAGUGCGGCAGCCUGCUGAAUCAGUGGCGCACUCAUCAAAUGCUAACUGUUAGCUAGCCAUCCUCUGCGUUAAAAAUGCAUGCUGUACUAGGUACAUCAAAUAAAACACUGAUGAAUAUUUCAUUUAGAAGGCAUAUAACUGCAUUUCGAUUGUAAUCAUCUGAUUGUUUACACGUUUUAAUAUCGUGUUGUCAAAUGUCGGAAAAUAUGCAAUGGAUUUGGAAGAAGUUGCUAGAAUUAAAACCGCCCUAAAACAAGCGUUAACUAGCGAGGUUACUUGUUUGUUAGCUAGUUCCUGGGCGCGUGCUGCUGUCUCGAUAUGUCGAAAGUUUGCUGCAGUUUAGCGAUCCCAUCAUUACCAACUAGUUAGCAAACCAGUUAACUCUGUAGCUAGUUAGUUAACCCAGCUACCCAGGUUAUGUAACUAGCUAACCAUUACUGCGCCCUGUCCUGUUUUUAGGAGAACAUCAAAAACCACAACACAUUUAACAAUGGCAGAAGGCGAGCCACAGGUCCAGUUCAAGGUGAGGGCUAUUAUAUCUCAGACGUCUACGGUUUUAGAACAUGAAGCAGGAUUAUAUUUUGAGUUUGGUCAUGGGUAACUAGCUGCUGUUUCCACCCAUGUUUCAACUUCUAUUCCUCUCAGCUUGUGUUGGUUGGCGAUGGAGGAACAGGAAAGACCACUUUCGUCAAAAGACAUUUGACGGGAGAGUUUGAGAAGAAAUAUGUUGGUAAGUCACUCCAAUUGGCAUGUAAUUACUUAAACCAACAACACACAAUUUAUAGUGAGAACACAGCCACAUGGGAUGAUAAAUGGGUGCUAGGCCUCUGAACACAGCCUGUAAUAGUUUUGCAUUUUAGUCAUUUAGCAGACGCUCUUACCAGAGCGACUUACAGUUAGUGAGUGCAUACAUUCCCCCCCCCCCCCAUACAUUUUUUCAUACUGUAUAACGCUUAAUCAGAGUUUUAGGCAUUGGGAGGGAGCCAUGGUGGCAGAUUCAACUGUCAGGGUGCAGAUGCCUCCUAUAUGAAAGGUUGGAUGGAGGCAUCAGAUAGCUUUCUCCGCUAUCAUCAAAGCGGUGACCCGAUCCUGCAGGUUCAUGCUCUACAACAUUCGCAGAGUAUGACCCUACCUUACACAGAAAGCGGCACAGGUCCUAAUCCAGGCACUUGUCAUCUCCCGUCUGGAUUACUGCAACUCGCUGUUGGCUGGGCUCCCUGCCUGUGCCAUUAAACCCCUACAACUUAUCCAGAACGCUGCAGCCCGUCUGGUGUUCAAACUUCCCAAGUUCUCUCAUAUCACCCCGCUCCUCUGCACACUCCACUGGCUUCCAGUUGAAGCUUGCAUCUACUACAAAACCAUGGUGCUUGCCUACGGAGCUGUGAGGGGAACGGCACCUCCUUACCUUCAGGCUCUGAUCAGACCUUAGACCCAAACGAGGGCACUACGUUCAUCCACCUCUUUAAGGAAUACCUGGAAUAGUAUAACAGUAAUCCUUCUAACCCCCACACCCCCCAUAAAAAAUAAAAAUAAAAGGGGCAGGGGGUGGUUGUCCCACUGGCUAUCCUAAGUUGAAUGCACCUAUUUGUAAGUCGCUCUGGAUAAGAGUGUCUGCUAAAUGACUUAAAUGUAAAUAGCAAUGUGCAGAAAGCGUGUGACACAGUGAAACACAGACACCAUUCUAGCCUCUUAGGACCUGUCUUGUAAAACUGUCCCUUUCUCUUCUUUCCCAUUCUCCCUCCACCUAACUCUCCCUUAUUUCCUGCAAUCUCUCCCCUCCCUCAUUUCUCCUGUUGUGUUUCCCCUCUUCUCUCCCCUUUCCUUCCUUCUAGCCACGUUGGGGGUGGAGGUGCACCCGCUGGUCUUCCACACUAACAGAGGGGCCAUCAAAUACAACGUGUGGGACACAGCCGGGCAGGAGAAGUUUGGAGGGCUCCGAGACGGCUAUUACAUCCAAGGUAUGGUAUAAAACAGUGCUUAUUAGCUUAUCCUGGAGUUUUUCAUGACCAGGAGGAAGAACUCUGUGCUCUACUAAAAUACUUGCAUACAGAGCUUUGUAUGGAAGGUCAAUGGCAAGUUCUUAUAACCAAUGGCUAAAGUCCUGCACCCAUUGUUAACCUUGCCCUGAAGCAGAGUACUUCUGAUAGCCCAUUUGACACCAGAAGAAGUUGUGCCCUCCAGGGCCAGGAACUCUAAUGAAUGACAAUAGCUAUUCUAACAAUGGGUAACCACUGCCCCCUCUAAGGAUGCUGUGUUGAGUAGAUUCAUGUUGUGACUCUCCCUUUCUAUAUCCUUCUCUUGCUUUCUUUGACUCUUCACUCCAUCUGUGCCUUUCUCUUUUCUCUCCACUCCUACUUUGUACUCUCACCUUCCACUCUCCAGCCCAGUGUGCGAUCAUCAUGUUUGACGUCACAUCUCGAGUCACCUACAAGAACGUACCCAACUGGCAUCGUGAUCUGGUGCGUGUCUGUGAGAACAUUCCCAUAGUCCUCUGCGGCAACAAGGUGGACAUCAAAGACAGGAAAGUCAAAGCCAAGAGCAUCGUAUUCCAUCGCAAGAAGAACCUCCAGGUAAUUAUUACACUUUAGUACAGUAGACUGUUCUUAUGCAGUGUAUUUGGGUUUCUGUGCAAACUGAAAGACUUGCCCUGAUGAAAUAAUGGGUAAAUAAGCAACAUUUGUGACCCCCCCCCCCCCCCCCCCCCUCCUCUCUCUCAGUACUACGACAUCUCUGCUAAGAGUAAUUACAACUUUGAGAAGCCCUUCCUGUGGCUAGCGCGGAAGCUGAUUGGAGACCCCAACCUGGAGUUUGUGGCCAUGCCCGCCCUCGCCCCCCCAGAGAUCCUCAUGGACCCCUCUCUCGCCGCGCAGUACGAGCACGACCUCAAAGUGAGUAGAACCACAGUGGCCCAGCACGGGUAUAUUGACUGCAUAGAGACCAGACUGUCAAAUGUUAUCAGAUGAAAUUGGAUUAGAUUGGCUAGAUUAUUACAUAUAUCAAUGUCUUUUGUUAUGUAUCGUCCUAACCGUUAUUCACUUUCUCCACCCUCUCCAGGUUGCAUCAGAAACAGCGCUCCCAGAUGAAGAUGAUGACCUUUAACCUGUUACCUAUGAUCUCUCACCCCCCCCCCCCCCCCCCCCCCGCGUGGUAGGAAGUUGUCUGAGUUUGGCCCCUUUACUGUAAAAUCCCGUUGCAGAUUUAUUUUUUAUUUUUGAACUCUAUUUUUUUGUUUCGCUUGUUUUAAAACGGAAAGAAAUACAAACAUGGUGAAGUCGUGUGGUUCUCUAGUUUCACUGUAAGACACCGCCCUAGUGUUGGCAUGGCAAUGUUACUCACCAUCAUCAAGCACCACC